AAUCCCCACCCCACCCAAAACCAAGGAAGGAAGGAGGUAUGGGGGUUGUCUCUCCUUCGUCGCCGCCUCCGGCCGCCUCCGGCCGCCGCCGCCGCUGAUAGCCCACACCCGACCUACACCAAGAUGAUUACGGAAGCGCUCACCGAGCUAGGAGGCACCUCCAGUCGUGACGCCAUCGCCGGAUUCAUCCUUGGUCGCUUCACCAACCUCCCUACUGUGCACGACGCACUCCUAUCCGCCCACCUCCGCCGCCUCGUCUCUGAGGGCGUCGUCUGCAGCUUUGCAUCCACCUACAUCUUGCCAGCACCGGCCCGGCCCCGCAAGGACUCCCUCACCGUGUCAGCGACCAAGAAUUCGUUGGAUCUCGAUUUGGAUCCAUCUAGAGGCUUACAUGCGAGCAACAAUGAUGACAACUCCUCCAGUGAUGACGAUGACGAUGACUACAGUUGUGAUGACGACGAUGAUGAAUACACUCCUGCGCGUGCAGCAUACAUGCUGGGAACGAAGUGCGGCCGUGGACGAGUAUCAAGAGCGGCCCCGCCUGUGUCCACACUUGAUUCCUCGAUGACAAAGAGAGGGUGUGGGAGGUGGAGAAAGGAACAAGAAGCAACGUCAAGGAGCAUCAAGCAUGGCCCUAGUCGCCCUCGCAAGGACGCAUCUCCAUUCCAUGCAUCGGCGUCAGCGACCAAGCCCAAGAAAUUGUUGGAUCUCAAUUUGGACCCAUCUGAGGGAUUACAGAUUAGAAGUGAUGAUGAUGAGGAUGACUAUAGUGGUGAUGGUGGUGAUGAUGAUGGUGAUGUUGACUACACUCCUAUGCUAGGAGAAAAGUGUGGUCGUGGACGCCCACGAAAGAGGGGGCGCGGCCGGCCUCGUAAGGUUGUAUUGUCUACCAAUGGAGGAGGCGCUUCCUUCCCAUUGACUAAGAGAGGGCGUGGAAGACUAAGGAAGAGACAAAAUGCUUGCCGGUCAGAAGCUUCUUUUCAGAAUGGAGGUAACACAAUGCCUAUGGAAACCCCCAAAGGUGAUUUCUUGACGCCAAAUAGAGGGCGUGGGAGUCCGACAAAGGAGACAUAAUAACUCUAACGAGUAUCCAGAGAGGGUGUGGGCGGCUGAGAAAGGAUGAACAAUCACAAGUAUAAUCUUCUCCAGCAAGGUCCAAAAAAAUCAGAAAUUAUAGGUUAUAAAGCCCCGAGUGAAUAAGAUCGCAUUAGUUUGUGUUAGAGAUAUAUUUGGGUUACAUGUAUUUCAUAGUCUAGGUUUUGUAAUCCUUCUCCUGCCUUAUCUCCUGGACAGUCUUCUUGCCCUUUAAGUCUUGUACUCAAUAUAUACUUGCCCUUGAGGCUCAAUAAUACAUCCAUUGAUUCCACCAA